CCGUCGCCAUGGCGUCAAGUGAGGCUGCUUCGUGUGCACAAGCUUUAGCUUCGUUUGUUUGUGCUGGAAAAUGUGAAAUGAGCAGUAAAGAAGCAUGUUUAGUUCUUGGAGCAACUGGUGUAGGAAAAACUUUAUUACUCAAACGUCUACAACAUAUCCUUUUUAGUCGUUUGGUUGUUUUGAACUCGCCUCCCUCCACUCUGCCCACAGUUGGGACAAAUCUGACGGACCUUACCCUGAAGAAGAAGAAGAAGAAGAAGGUUACAGUGAGGGAGCUGGGAGGCUGCAUGGGCCCUAUAUGGCCCAGUUACUUUGAAGACUGCUCAUCUGUCAUUUUUGUGGUGGAUUCAGCCAACAUUGUUCAGAUAUCUUCCUCCUGCAUCCAGCUGCUGUCUGUGCUCUCUGCCGAGCCUCUGCACAACACUUCUGUGCUCGUUCUCUUUAACAAGAGGGACAUGCCGUGCACCAUGAGCCUUACAGAGAUCAAGUCACUGUUCAGGAUGGAUGACAUCAUUGCGUCUGCUCCUCAGCCCAUUACAACACUGGAAGUUAGUGCCCGCUCAGGACAGGGACUGCAAGAGGUGUUGAGCUGGCUGGAAACUGUCACAGUCAAAUGAUAUGCAUUUGUUCUUUUAAUGGUGAUGUUUCCCUCAAAAGUCUUGAGAAGAUUUU